UUUCACUAUCAUUCGCUUUCUCCGUAUUUCUGCUACGUUUCUCUCUCUCUCUCUCUCUCUCUCUAUCUAUCCGCAGUUGUUAUUGGUUGCUGAUUCUUCUCCGGCGCGUUGCGACGUUUUCUGGCGAUUUGCCGUGUAGUUGACUGCUUCCGUCGCUGCAUUAGAAAUUGAUGUUGGACUGUCUUCGUGAAACUUGCUGAUUACUGAUGUUUAUGGAGGAUCGUCUUCGUGUUUUGAUCUUCAUGUUACAGAUGUAAAGAGGAGGAGAAGUUAAAGAAUUUGGAUGAAUUGGGCAUCUUGUUGUUUCUUUUGAAACCAUAGCAUGCUGUAACCGAAGAUUGAAACAAGCAAUCAUGUCACUUAAGUCGUAUCAAAGCCAGGCUGAGCAACUACUUAAGUAUCUUGUACUAUCAGAUCCUGUUGUACCAUACAUUUCCAUUCCCGCAGGCAUACUUGCUAGUAAAUUGGUCUAUGACGUAACUGAUUUGAUCAGCGGUGUUUACUUCAAGAGUUAUUCCAACCUUUCUAGGAUUCAGCGGGUGGAGUGGAACAACCGGGCUAUGUCAACUCUCCAUGCCAUUUUCAUCACAGCAGCGUCAUUGUACAUGGUGUUUUUGUCAGAUCUCUUUUCUGACCGAUAUUUUAGCCUUAUUACCUUUCGUAGUUCAACAAUAUCUGCAUUUGGCCUGGGUGUGUCUGCCGGUUACUUCUUUACUGAUUUGGGAAUGAUCUUGUGGUUUUAUCCUGCACUUGGUGGAAUGGAGUAUGUGUUACAUCAUCUCCUUUCUCUCUUAGCUGUGGCCUAUGCUAUGUUGACUGGUGAGGGGCAACUUUACACCUACAUGGUUCUCAUCUCUGAAACGACUACACCUGGAAUCAAUUUGAGAUGGUACCUUGACACAGCUGGAAUGAAGAAGUCAAAAGCAUACCUCAUAAAUGGGGUUGUGAUAUUCUUCGCUUGGCUGGUUGCCAGAAUUCUUCUGUUCAUGUACAUGUUUUACCAUGUCUACUUCCACUUGAAUCAGGUUCUCCAGAUGCACGCUUUUGGGCAGCUUUUGGUUUUCGUGGUUCCAUUGGUAUUAUCGGUCAUGAACUGUAUGUGGUUCGCGAUAAUAUUCAAAGGAUUGAAAAAGACAUUGGCAAAGAGACAAUGAAACAGAAAAACAUCUGCUGCUAUUUGGGCCAACGUUGUGAGAUAAGGUAGUGUUUCAAAAUUCUCUUCUUUCUUGCACCACUUGUACAUGUUCAAGUUGCAAAUCUGUACAAUUUCAUGUUAAUUUUUAGUACAUAGAUAGCCAUUCUAGAUCGAAAAAUAAUGGGGAAAAUUUUUUUUUAGCAUUAUUUAAUGCAUAAUGAAUGAUUGUUUAUUGUAGAUUUACAGGAUGGGAUAUUUGCAAUCAAUGCAAAAUGCCUUUGCUGAUAUAA